CUGUAAUUGCCCCUCUGGAGAGCUUCCAGUUCAGUGGGUGAUGGAAGCUCCAGGAACCACCCCACUCGAUUAUUACAACUGUGUCUAGACAGCCAAGUUACGUGUUAUAGCACUGCCUGGUGAAUCGAAGACAAGACAAACAAGGUCGACUAUCAUAUCUUUGGUCUUUACUGUGCUGUAUUCGGGCUCUUUGACUAUUGGACAAUUCACUUGAUACUCUACUGUACCUCUCAAGGCGCCUUGCCUAUCGAUACCCCGCUACAUUGACAGAAUGUCAGCCGCUCACGUCGAGGUCAUCUCGACAGACCUCCGCCGAGCCAAGGUCAAGGUCAACGCGGGAACAUACCUGGUUGAUGUCCUCAAUGAAGCUUGCAAGAAGCUGAAUGUCAACCCUGACAAGUAUGAUGUCAAGCACAAACAAAAGAUUGUCGAUCUCACAUCUCCCUUCCGCACAUCAGGGCUGGUUUCCGGUGCGAAGCUGGAGCUUGUUCAAAAGUCAAAGAGUGCAUCCGUUGUGUCGAUAGCUCUCGAUGUCGAUGGGAAACGCUUCACAAAGAAGCUGCCCAACGACUUCACAUUAUGGCAAACGUUGCGCCAGUUUGAGAGCUCAGAGAGUGGGCUCAACCUUACGGGCAGAGCCACUCCAAAAAAAGACACCCAGAACGGCGGUCAGCUUUAUCACGAGGCCCCCAUUGUCAACAUCAUGGGGAGAGAGUACUCUGCUUUGGAAGAUCUCAACAAGACCUUGUCACAAUGUGGCAUCAACUCUGGCAGCAUGGUCCUUCGCCUGAGUUUCAAACUCACGGAAAAGACCUUGUUCGAGGCCAUGUCCGAUAUCGGCCAGUUCUUGAAGGAUGUCGAGCCAGAUCAGCCAAAGGAAGAGGAGUCAAAACCAGCGCCGGUCCAACAGGAGCCUAAGGUGGAGAGCAGUACUACUGAUGUUGUAGAGGAACCAAAGGUGGAAGGCAACAUAGAAUCAAGCAUUCCACCAACCGAGACAACCAUCCCAGCAGUCACAGAGCAAGAAGAGAUGAAGCCUUCUGCGGAUCUCAUGGAUGUCGAUGAAACCCAGCCUCAGCCUACAUCACCACCCUCCGAACCUGUUGACCGCUUCCUCCCCACCUCCGUCUUCGUCGCCCCCACCUCCACCACCCCAGCAGCAGUCAACAUCCAAGAAGACGACUCAGCUUACGAACCAACCAUUGCCCAUGCCCAGCUCCGCCAGCAACAGCUCCUCCAAAAGGCCCAAAACACCCGCCUCAAAUCCGACGCCGAGCUCGCCGCAAUCAAGGCAGAAGAAGCUGCCAAACUUGCCAAGGUUACCAGAGUUGAAAUCAAAGUCCGAUUCCCUGACCAAACCUCCGCCACGUGGGUGGCUACCCCUGAGGAGACCGGAGGCUGGUUAUAUCAAGCCAUCCGGGCGACGAUGGCGCACCCAGAUCAGCCUUUCAAGCUUAUCAUCCCCGGCCCGAGGACACACGUGGAAGAUGGGAACAAGAAGUUGAUUGCGGGGUAUAAGCUCAAGGGGCCACAGAUGUUUAAUCUUGUUUGGGAGGAUGGUGCCUCUGGGGAGGCGAGGAAGGGCGGGUUUUUGAAGGAGAGCGUAGCUUCUAGGGCGAGGGAGAUUGUGAUUCCUGAGGUGCCAGAGGGUGGGGUUGUCGGGGGUGGUAGUGAGUCUGGGCCGUCGGGGUCUUCGUCGGCUCAGGGGGCGGGGUCAGAGAAGCCGAAGAGGGAGAUUGACCCUGAGGCGCUCAAGAAGAAGAUGGGGAAGUUUUUCAAGUUUGGGAAGAAGUGAGUUGCUUGAUAAAAUAUGUGGGAGAGGAGGAAAGUGGUUGUUUUGUCUGCAUUAUUCAGGGCGUUUGCUGUAUCGAGGAUAGGAUUCACUAUGGGAUAUGCCCGGCCUUGGGUCUUUGGUAGAUAUAUGCUUUCCCAGCUAGACAAUGAAGCUCAAUCAAUGGAUGCAGUCUUUGAAAGUAGGGUAAGUACAGAUAAAUACC